CAAGCUGCCACAGCGCUGUAUACGCUAGCCACAUGCAAAUCUUCUGCUCUUCUUGCUGUAGGAGUCCUUCGUAGACACCCAACGUAUCAUUGCAACGUUUCCAUUUUGGUAGAGAAUGCGGCACCUUUUCGCACUUUCCGCAAUUCUACUUAUGGCAGUGAGCCUCACAUGUGCGGAUAAGAUGUCAUGGACGCCCUGCGAUGCCGGGCUCACCGAGUUCAGCCCUAGUUCGGUUGUGCUCACGCCGGACCCGCCCGUAAUUGGCUCGCCCGCGACGUUUGUGAUCUCGGGUGACAUCGGCAACGAGCUGCCGGGCGGUAGUGUGGACAUGACGGUGUCCUUCUCCGGGCUGCCCAUCUACUCCAGCACCUCGGACCUGUGCACCAAAACCACCUGCCCGGUACCGGCCGGCCCCAUCGCCAUCACCAUUGUUCAGGUGCUGCCGCCCAUCGCGCCACCGGGUGACUACGGUCUGCAGGUGGUGGCGCGCGGGCCGGAUGGAUCCGAGCUGGCGUGUGUCAACGUGGCCUUUAGCCUGGUGCUGCCCUCUGCGGUGUCGGGAGCGGCGGGGUCGCAUGGCGCCGUGGGCCGUAAGCAGCGCAUGGGCAGCCGACAAGUGGCAUGACGCGUAUCUACGGAUGUCGGGAUGCGUGGCAGUGGCUGUGGCACUGGCUAGGGCUGGGCGAAGAUAGAGGGGUUGUGUUGGGGGCAUGGAGUUGGGUAUUUUGUUGAUUGAUGGUUGCGGUACUGACAAAUGGGGCGCAGACUUUAUAAUGCGGUACGUGCGCCGUUGUGAUUGUCGUAUGGCUGUGUGGCGGUCUGGCGGACCUCAAUCCGGAGCACAUGGUAUGCACGGAAGUACAAUUGCAUAAGCGAGCCGGCAGCUUGCGGCUCGGCCCUUGAAGGGCAUGGCCUCGAGACUGGCUAGUGUUGGCGAUGCAACUCAAGUGUGAUGCAUGCUGUGCCACUGGCCCGCCGCCCGCGUAGGCUGCUAAAUCCCUGGUGAAGGAACCAUAUGUCAGCGGUUGAGACCCCCACGUCGAUGUGCUGAUACGACGGCGGACGGCAGCACUGGGUUGUUGGGCGCUGUAAGAUGCCAGGCGG